CAGAGGAAACGACGCCGUUUAUUGUUUAUAAAAUAUCACAAAAGUCCCUUAAAAUUUCCCAUCAGUCAAAGAAGAUAAAGAAAUGUUAAACCUUGCAACCGCGAGGUUUUGAUUACAACGGUUCAGAGAAGACUAAAAGGUCUAAGAGCGUGAAUUGAUGAAUGGGAAGGUACAAUCUCUCAAAAAAUCUAAAAGCCUCUUCGCUAAACUUUUGCAACAAUGCAGCACACCCACAAAAUCUCUAAAAAAAAUCAAACAAUUUCAUGCCAUCACCGUCACUUCAGGCCUUCAACCCUCCCACCUACGCUCUCCCCUCGUGGCUGGCUACGCGCAAUGCGGCCAUACUUCUCAUGCACGCAAACUGUUCGACGAAAUGCCUGAAAGAAACUUGUUCUUGUAUAACACCUUGAUAAAGAUGUACACACGCAAUGGCUCAUCGAUUGAUGCUCUUAACCUCUUUGUUGAAAUGCUCAGGUUAGAAAUUUACCGCCCUGAUAAUUAUACGUACCCUUUUGUUAUUAAAGCGUGUAGCGACUUGGGACUGCAGAAAUUGGGCGUUAUAUUUCAUGGGAGGGCGUUGGUUGCUGGGAUUGAUAUGGAUAGUAUUGUGAAGAAUUGUUUGAUAGCAAUGUAUAUGAGUUUUGGAGAGGUAGAAGCAGCGAGGAAGGUGUUUGAUGCAAUGAGGGAUCGAAGCGUGGUGACUUGGAAUACUAUGAUAAGUGGGUAUUUUAGGAAUGGGUAUGCUAGGCAAGCUUUGAUGGUUUUUGAUUGGAUGGUGGAGAGUGGACAGGAGCCUGACUGUGCUAGUGUGGUUUCAGUGUUGCCUGCGUGUGGUUAUUUGAAGGAAGUAGAUAUGGGAAGAAGAGUUCAUGCACUGAUCGAAAAUGGAGGUUUGGGGAAGAAAAUCAUGGUUUGGAAUGCUUUGGUUGAUAUGUAUGUGAGGUGUGGUAAUUUGAAUGAAGCACAGGUGGUUUUUGAUGGGAUGACUGAGAGGGAUGUAGUUACGUGGACUUCGAUCAUUAAUGGGUAUAUUUUGAAUGGUGAAGUGAGGAAUGCAUUGAGGCUUUUUUGUAUGAUGCAGUUCGAAGGGGUGAAGCCUAAUGCUGUGACAAUAGCAUCAAUUCUUUCAGCUUGUUCCAGUUUGCAUUAUCUGAAGAAUGGAAGGUGUUUGCAUGGGUGGACGAUAAGACAAAAGCUUGAGCGUGAGGUUGUUGUGGAAACUGCAUUGAUUGAUAUGUAUGCAAAAUGCCAUCAUGUUGAACUAAGCUUUCGAGUGUUUGCAAGAACAUCAAAAAAGAAAACUGUACCAUGGAAUGCAAUUUUGUCGGGGUUCAUUCAUAAUGGGCUCGCAAGAGAAGCAGUAGAACUUUUCACACAAAUGCUGAUGGAAGCCGUACAACCUAAUGAUGCAACCUUAAACAGUAUUCUUCCGGCAUAUGCCAUCCUUGUAGAUAUGCAUCAAGCAAUGAAUAUACAUGGUUAUCUAAUAAGAUCUGGGUUUCUUUCAAGCAUAGAAAUUGCUACUGGGCUCAUUGAUAUAUAUUCAAAGUGUGGGAGCCUAGAAUCGGCCCACAAGAUAUUCAAUGGGAUUUCCAAAAAGGAUAAAGAUAUUAUACUAUGGAGUGUAAUAAUUGCUGGUUAUGGAAUGCAUGGACAUGGUGAGGCUGCUGUUUCACUGUUCAAAGAAAUGGUUCAAUCUGGGAUGAAACCAAAUGAAGUUACCUUUACUUCAGCUUUGCAUGCAUGUAGCCACUCUGGUCUGGUUGAUGAGGGUUUGGGUUUGUUUAAAUUUAUGCUUGAAAACCACCACCCAAGCCCCUGUGCUGAUCACUACACUUGCAUUGUUGAUCUUCUUGGUAGAGCAGGUCGACUGGAUGAAGCGUAUGAUCUGAUUAGAACAAUGCCUUUUAAGCCUACUUAUGCUGUUUGGGGUGCACUGCUUGGUGCUUGUGUAAUACAUGAGAAUGUUGAACUGGGAGAGGUGGCUGCAGAGUGGCUAUUUGAGCUUGAACCAGAGAACACAGGGAACUAUGUAUUAUUGUCAAAGAUUUAUGCUGCAGUGGGAAGGUGGAAAGAUGUAGAGAAUGUGAGAGAUAGGAUGAAUGAGAUAGGAUUAAGAAAAUCACCAGCUCACAGCUUGAUUGAGUAUCGGAAUAUGUAAGCUACAUGGUUGUCUAUGCUCCAGAUGUGCUAAGCAUCAGAGUGAGCUCAUGUAUCUACGAAAAGGAAAAGUUCUAUUGUUAUAAGUGAUAUAAUACCAAAUAGAAGAGUAUGAAACCACAGUAAACGCUAAUGCAACAUUUAGAAGACUCAUUUGUGGAGUUGAGGGAACAUCCUUUUUUCAAAAAAGUCCUUGUUUCUGGAAUGACCUGAAGAGACUAUUCAACAACAAUACCUAUGUAUCAUGCUGGAAAUCCCUUCAUAUCAUUGAAACUAAGAUUGUGUUAAUGCUGUUGUCUCAACUCCAUCAGAAUUGCUGAUGGACAAGGUUAUUGGUCUGUCAAAUCACUUUCGCAGCACAGGGAAUCAUUGCCCUCCAUCCCCAGAUGCUGGAAGUGCCUCAGGAUGACUAAUUCAGCGUCAACCUUCAUCAAAUGUAUUUGAUACAACUAGACAGGUUUCAUUGUAUUAUUUCAUUAAUUUAAGAGUUGUAAAGCUACUAAUUAAGUGCCUUACAUUGAAUACAAUACAUGUAGAAUUUUUCAUGCUUGUUGAAUCUGAAAAAAGGUUGUGUCUUGGGAAAUUUCUUCUAAUAGAGGUGUAGAUGUUCUAAAUAUAUACAAAUAGUAAGUUUUCCAAAUAUGAUGACAACUUAAAGAUAAUGAAACUGCAACAGGAUUGGCUGCUUGACUUGGCCAAAUUGACUGUUGAUUAGUUUAUGGUGUUUGAUUUUUUUUUCUUUGCUUCUAACAUCAUUUUCAAAAGUGGGAAAGCCUGCAAAAUUACCUAAAAUGCUCAUUUCUUUGCAGUUGAAUUUCAUUGUCAUUUUUUUUCAAGGUUAGAAUCAUUCCCAGUGUGCUGUGACUUGUGCCUAAUUAUUCUGCAGGAAUAUCAAGUGUCGGAAGAGAAACUAACAGAUGAAGACAAUGGACACCCACUCCAAUUUGAAUGAGCAAGGUCUAGUUCAGACUAGACUUGUUUCCAAAAUGAAGUUAAAUCCCUUAAAUCAAGCUUGACCUAUUCUUGCUCAGUUCAAGCAAUUUCGAUCUAAGUUGUGAGCCAAACUUGAGCAACUCGAAUUGAAUCCACCGUAAAUAUUUUUUUUUAUAGGUGAUGAUAUAUACUUGUUAUAUGAGUGAUUGGUCACAUGUAGAACCAUCAAUAAAAGCAUUGUAUAUACACUAUAGAGUAUACAAUUGGGUAGAUAGAUAAUGUGUUAUCAUGUUUUUUAAUAAUUUUAAAUUAAGAACGAAAUAAUAUCCUUUCGUAUUAUAACA